CGCCUCAGACCUGCUUUGGCAGAUGGUCAACAUCUUCCGUGCCAUUUCAGCAAAGUGAUCAUUGUACAAAUCCCCGAGUAGCAAUGGACGACAUUUUAGAUAACUUAUCUUUUACUGGACAUUCUGUCUUUUAUAACUUUACUGAUGAUUGGAUACCUGAUGGAAGGGAAACUAUUGAUUUUAUUAUACGAUGUGUCAUACCGACUGUGUAUAUUCUGAUCAUAACGAUUGGGUUGUUGGGGAACAUUACCUUGGUUAAGAUUUUUAUCACCAACAGUGCAAUGAGGAGCGUCCCCAACAUAUUUAUUUCGAGUUUGGCAGCUGGGGAUCUUUUGCUUUUGGUGACUUGUGUUCCAGUGGACGCGUUCAGAUACUUCUUUGAGGAGUGGAUYUUCGGUGUUGUGGCUUGUAAACUAAUACCGGUCAUUCAACUCACCUCAGUCGGAGUCUCAGUGUUCACUCUCACGGCUCUCAGCGCUGACAGGUACAAAGCCAUAGUGAAUCCUAUGGACAUCCAGACAUCCAGUGCUGUGUUCUGGACGUGUCUGAAAGCCGUGUCCAUCUGGGUGAUCUCUGUCCUGCUKGCGGUGCCCGAGGCCAUCUUCUCCCAGGUAGUACACAUCCAGGACAAGAACGUGACCUUCACCGCCUGUGUGCCCUAUCCCCUCUCCAACGAGAUGCAUCCCAAGAUCCACUCUGUCCUCAUAUUCCUGGUGUACUUCCUGAUUCCCCUGUGGAUCAUCUCUGUGUACUACUACCACAUCGCCAGGACGCUGGUCAAGAGUGCUCACGACAUGCCUGGGGAGAUCAGUGAGCACACUAAGAGACAGAUGGAGACGAGAAAACGGCUUGCCAAAAUUGUUCUGGUUUUCGUGGGCCUCUUCGCUCUCUGUUGGUUCCCCAACCACGUCUUGUACAUGUACCGCUCCUUCAACUACCGUCAGAUCGACUCCUCCCUGACCCACCUCAUCAUCACCCUGCUAGCCCGGGUGUUAAGUUUCUCCAGCUCCUGUGUCAACCCAUUUGCUCUCUACCUGCUGAGUGAAAGCUUCCGCAGGCACUUCAACAGCUCACUGCACUGCAAGAAGAAGCCCCAUUACGAGCGCAACACCAGCUACCUGCAGAGCACCUCAGCCAUAAGAAUGACCUCCAUCAAGAAGACCACCCCUACUGUCAUCAAUGGACAUGGCAACAGGCAGGAGGUCUCUCUGUAGGUUUAGGAGUGGUAGGAGUGGCACCAAAAAAAAAGAAACGUGCAAAACUUUACAAGGUGGACUAUUCUGAAAAGGACAUGCAUGUGUGCUCAACAGAAAAUGCUUGGCUUGAAGCCGCCUUGUCUAUACAUGUCCCACAAUGCUACAUAUGGCUGCAGAUGAGAUAUCACAUAUGAACUGAAAGUAUUGAACUGAACAUGUUUGUCAACAAAUCUGUCGUAAAUACUGGUAUCCACAAUGUUCCACUUUUCAUGUUUUUUGGUCAAUCUGAUGCAUGUAUCAUUUCACAGAGUUUGUAUAGAUAUACUGUAUGCUGUCUGUGACACAUACUACCCAAACUCCAAACCUAAAGAGCAGGCAAUUGCUUUUACGACACAAAAUCUGUCCAUGCACUUAAAAACAACAUUAUAAUGGCUCCCAAGGGGGCACAGGAGUUAAGGGUAAUUUCAACAAAAAUCAUAAUGUCCCUUUAAGUAAUUAUUUCCCUCAAACAUCUGCCUGAAAGUGGAUAGAAGUGCCAAAGCAGACAGAGGGGACCACAGGAAAUGUAUGCUGGAAAUGAAACCAACAUUUACCAAGUGUUGAUGGGAACCUGCAUGCCACUAUUGCAGGACAGUGAGAUGAUAAACACCAUACACAUUUGUUCAUGAGAUAUAUAUUCACUUUGAUAAUGCCAUUUCCUGUGCUAUGUUUGAAUGUUUAUCUUCAGAUGCUCAAUGUGACACCAAUGUUUGCUGUUUUGUUAAGUAAAACKUGUCCCAGUACGUUGAACUGCAAAUGCUGCAACAGUGCUGUAGAUUUUUUGUAUAAUAUUGUGUUGUUAUUUUGCAAACUUUGACCAUUCCAUGCACAGCAUAGCUUCAUUGAACAUGUAAAGGAAUAAGCUCUAAGAAUAGUGUGCUCUCUGAACAUGAUUAAUCAUGCUCAAUUACAGUCAAUUACAUUUCAAGACAUGCUUCUAUACUUUGGCAACUAGUAAAUAUUUUUUAAA